AUGGCAGCCCCUACCAAAUCUCAACUCCUAGGCGACCCACAAUCCAACCAAUCCACCCCCUCAAUAUCUCGCGCCACAACCCCCCUCAACAACUCAAGCCGUCCCACCCACGAUUCAUCCGGCCACCUGCUCCCCGCCAUCCUCUGCCUGCACGGCGGCGGAUCCAACGCCACUGUCUUCAAAAUCCAAUCUCGCCGCCUCAUCUGGAACCUCCAGGGUCAAUUCCGCUUCGUCUUCGCCCAGGCAAGUAUAGAAGGAACACCCGGCUUCGGCAUGUUACCUGUCUUUGCGUCGUGCGCGCCCUUCUACAGGUGGGUUGAGCGGCGGUUCAAGAUGGGUGAGAGUGAGGUUGAGGAGACGCCCGAGGAUGAGAUUAGGGGGUUAGAUGAGAACUUGGUGAGGGUCAUGGAGGAAAACGGUGGUGUGAAGAGUUUUGUGGGUGUGAUGGGGUUUUCGCAAGGGGCGAGGUUGGUGCCUGGGUUGUUGUUGAGGCAGAGGAUCGAGGAGCGUGAUAAGUUGGGUGGGAGUAUUUACAAGUUUAAAUUUGGGAUUAUGAUUGGGGGGCCGUAUCCGCCGAUUGCGGUGCAUUCCAGGGUUAAGGUGGAGGACUAUGAGCUGUUGAAGACGGUGCCUACUGUGCAUGCUUGGGGGAGGGAUGAUCAUGUUAUUGAGGGAUGCAAAAGAUUGAGGGAGGCGUGUGAUGGAGACGAGUGUUUUCAGAUGGCCUUUGAGGGUGGUCACCAUAUGCCGCUUAAGGAUGAUGAGGCCAGGGAUUUGUGUGAUCUCAUUAUGGCAGCUUGGUAUGCAGGAGGUGGGAAGUUUGGGGUGGGCUCUGGCCUACACCUCUCCAAACCACCAUGUGGUAGGGCUAAACACUACCAGCACAUUGUCGACCAGGUGGUACUCACUAAGGAACUGGGUGUCGGCGCCAUAUCUGAGAGACCAACUGAACCACAGGAAAGUCCAUAG